AUGGAAACUUCAAUUCCAAAUCCCACCAACAAGAGAAACCGCUCUCUCCAAUUCAUCGCUAACAACAAUGCCAGAAAUGCAAGCUGGAAGAAGAGAAUCCAAACUCUAAAACUCAAGGCUCACCAGCUUUCCACAUUGGCCGACGUCUCUGUUUCCGUCUUGUGUUUCGCUCCCGACGGUAAGCUCCAUACCUGGCCGGAGAAUCCUACGGAGGUAAAACAAAUCGUAAUGAAUUACAAGAACUGUGUUGAUCGUGAUGCUCGACAAGGAAAAUGGAGUGAAAACGUCGAUCUUUCGUCUUUUCUGGAAACCAAGAAAAGAAAAAUUCAAGAAGAGAAGAGCGAGAUCGAUGGAGCGAAGGAGGCAGAGAGUUGUACUUCGGAACAGAGCCUUGAUGAAUUGCCGAAAUCAGAAUUGAUGAAUCUGAUGGGUCGCCUGGAUUUCACCCUGCAAAGAUUGAGAGAAAGAAGAGAUCAGUUGCUCCUUGAUAAAAAUAACGUACCACUUCCAUCGGAUAAUUUUGCAGUGCCUGGGUUUAAUGAUAAUGUGGGUAGUCUGCAAGGUUUUGGUUCAGAGAAUCAGAAGAUUAACAAUGGUGGGUCAAGUAAUUUUCUCCCCGGUUAUGAGAUGUUUGACUACCAGUCAAUGCUAAUACCGCAGUUUCAAGUGGUUCCUGAUCAUCAACUAAUGCUAAUACCGCCAUUUCAAGUGGUUUGCAGCGAUCUAGCGAUGCUAAUGCCGUCGUUUCAAGAAGCUUUGCCACUUUCACGGUGAAUAUACAGCGGGCAAUUAAAGCAAUCAAAAGACUCAAUGGUUGCAUUUUGGUUUUUUCUUUUGUUUUUUUGUUUUUUUGGUCCUUUGAUUAGAGUAUGUACAGUCAAAGGAUUCAAUGAUUCAAUUAUGAGAAUAAGAGAUUUGUCAGAGAGUUAACCCUCACCCUG